AUGCUCACGUAUGCGAUCAUCGACAAGUCGCUUCCGCCGUCGUCCGAGGACCCAGACGGCCAGCUAGUUGGCAUGAUCUCAUAUGUCGACGCCGACGACGAGAGCUAUUCCGUUGAGAUUGGCUUCAUUAUUGUCACGCCAGAGUUCCAGAAUCGAGGAAUCGGGACAACAGCGGCCGCGUUGAUGGUCAAGCACGCCCUCGACAGGGAAGAGGAUGGAGGGCUGGGACUCUGUCGCGUGGAGUGGCACUGCAGCACGAUGAACACGGCAUCAAUCAAGACGGCACACAAAUUACGCUUCAGGGAGAUUGGGGUUGUAGAAUUUGAACGGAUUCUUCCGGAAGCAGAGGCGCGCGGCAAGAUUGGCAACGGCAAGGCGAAGCCACCACGGAGCCGCCCCAGUGACCAGUGGAGGGACCUCGUCAUGUUUGCGAUCUCCUGGAGUGCAUGGGAGGGCGAGGUCAAGCCUCAUGUGACACGACUUCUGUAA